AUAUUUUCAUUAGAGCAAAGCUCUCGGCAUAUUCGAAUACACACAUUUUAUUUUAUUCCACUGAAAUUGUCUAAUGUAAAAAUUUCAUAUCAAAAUUUGGAUGAAUAUGUUUACGUUUUGCAUGAGUUAAACUGUAAACAAGAUUAUACAUUAUUCUUACGUCUUACAUAGAACCAUUUAUAAAAUUCGUCCAGUCUUUAUCGUCGUCGCUAGCCAAACGCAGAGCAAAAUUAUAAUUUAAUCGCUGAACAUUUCAGUAGGCUACUAUCUACAUUUUAUAUUUAAAUUUUUAUUGUGUUUGGUGACAUUUUAAAAGAAAAACAUCGGAAGCAAUUUGUUUUUCGCUGUGAAACUUGACUAUUUAAUUUUGUGAUGGAAAGAAGAAAGGAGUGGAAAAUAUUAUUGUUUUAUACAUUGGUGUUUGCACGUAUGGUGCAUUCAUUAAACGCUUUACAUGUAUCGCCACCCAAAAUUGUAUUACAACCGCCGAACACCGAAAUAAUUCAUCCAAUUGGCGAUAAUUCGAAUGGAAAUGAUAAGCCGCUUGAACUAAAAUGCAAAGCAGAGUCAGAGAUAGAGAUAGCGGUAGAGAGAGCGACAGUAAACGAAGGAGAUGAGAUAAGUUUCAGUUGGAUACAUUCAAACGAUUCAACAAAUCACUUGAAAUUUUCAAACAACGUUUUUAAUAUCAAAUACCGUUGGACGAAAGAUGGAAAACCUUUCGAUUGGACUGCAAAUAGUCGUGUGGAGCUUCGACUCGGCGAGGGAACAUUAAUCAUAAACAAUCCACACGAAGAAGAUAACGGCCAAUAUCAAUGCUUUUGCCAGAAUGAUUAUGGUGUCGCCACAUCGAAUUCGGUGUUUGUGCGAGUAUUUAAACUGAAUCCGUCCACAGAAGUGAAACCAGAAACAGUGAAUGUUACAGAAGGGCAUCCAGCCCGUUUGGAAUGCAUAGCGCCAGCAAAGUGGCCAAAGCCAUUCGUUUUCUGGGUGAAACUGAACGCUACCGAAGAAAAUUUUAUGACAUUUGAAAAGAUCAAUACGAUGGAGAAAUUGGGCACCGACAUAUGGAGCGAAACUUUUACAUUAGAUCGUCAUGGGAAUUUAUAUUUUUUCAAUGUUUCAACCGACGAUGCAUCUGAAGAUGGUUUUCAUUAUGUGUGUGUGGCCACAAUAGAGCCAGUGAAAGCAUUUCAAAUAUUGAAACGAGUCCAUUUGAACGUUAUGAGCGAAAGUAGCCAAAUGAUUGAAAGCACAUUUAAUAAAAAUGCAUUGGUAUACAAAAGCAAUGAACACGAAGACGUUAUGGUGGGUGAAUUUGUUUCAAUGUUUUGUAUUUUUGACGGAAAGCCGCAUCCAAUAGUGAUAUGGAGAAAAGAUGGAGAUGUUAACUAUAUUGUGAGAAGAUUUCUUUUUGGAUAUGCUUUACUUAAUGAUAAAAUGUCACUUACCGACCGAAGAGCGCAUCGAAACGAUACAGGUUCAUACGAUUGUGAUUCCUCCAGUUUAGAAAAACAGACGCUUUCAUUCCAUUUGACUGUUAAUGUCCCACCUUUGUUCCUUGUUAAACCAAAGGAACAACAUUUAAACGACGGCGAUACUGCAAAAUUUGAGUGCAAAGCAGACGGCGUUCCGAAUGUUUCGAUAAAAUGGACUUAUAAUGGGAAACCGAUCGAAGCAAAUUCACAUAUAACCAUUGAACCAAAUGCGAUUAUUAUAGAAAAUGUUACGUGGAGUGAUAUCGGCAAUUACGGUUGCAAUGCCUCCAACUCAGUUGGAUACAUUUACGAAGAUGUUUAUUUGAAUAUUGCAAAGCCAUCACCUGCUUUACUUACUCCAGAGAAUACAACAUCUUUUUUUGCGUAGACUAAUGUUGAAACACACGUAUUUGUUUUUGUCGCUUCUUAAUCUUCAAUAAAUAUUAUUUCAAUC